AUGGUCGACGCUAAAUCCAAAGGUGGUAAAGCUGGUGCUUCAAAAGAUAACAAGGCAAAAGCCGUUACUCAAAGCAGUCGUGCAGGAUUACAAUUCCCUGUUGGACGUAUUCAUCGUUUAUUAAAAUCAAGAACGCAAAACAACGUUCGUAUUGGUGGAAAAGCAGCAGUUUAUGCAAGUGCAAUUUUGGAAUAUCUCACUGCUGAAGUUUUGGAAUUAGCAGGAAAUGCAUCCAAAGAUUUAAAGGUAAAACGUAUUCAACCUCGUCAUUUGCAAUUGGCAAUUCGUGGUGAUGAAGAAUUGGACAGUUUAAUCCGUGCAACUAUUGCAGGAGGUGGUGUUUUGCCUCACAUUCACAAGACUUUGAUCAAAUCAAGUGGCAAGAAAAAGUCAGCAGGUGGUGUUGCAGCCGAAUAA